AUUCGACAUGAAUAUAAGUUCGGAAAAUUCAAAUGUCAGUAGAAUGGUUACGGAUUUUAAUCGAAUAUUAGAGAAAAAGGCUCAGAAAAAAGUAAAUACAUUACUCAGCUUUACAAUGAAAGCAAUUUCUCGUGAUCAAGAAAAAAACUUUUUAAUAUCAAGACUUCAAAAAGAACUCAGAAAAAACAUUGAGUCACUAAGCUUAUUAGAAAUAGAAAAUGAAGUAAAGGAAGAGCUAAUAAAUAUAAAGGACAAAGAAUUGGAAUCAUUAAGAUUUGAGAACACAAACUUAAAAACACUGUUGCAGCAGAACAAAGAGAAAGUAAGCAAGACAAUCGAAGACAAAUCAUUAAUAAUUUUAAAUAAUACUUGUAAUAAUAAUAAUGAUAAUAAUUUUUCUGCAAAUUCAAAUAAUGCUUUCCCAAUUAAGAAUACACUUGUUUUAAAAUCUAAUUCAUUGGUGUCGUCUCCUGGUUCAUUAAUUAAAUCUAUUAAGCCAAAGGGUGCACAGAAGCGUUCGUUACAAAAAGUAAAAGAGACAAAUGUCACUAGCGUAAGUAUCAAAAAUUCUCAAUAA